UGGCGACAACAACUUGCACAAUGGAGGCAUUCAACGAUCACAUUGGGUCGUUCUACGAAGCCUUGGCAGAGGACAAGCUGGACCAGUUGGCUGAUGCACUGCUGAGUCUCCGCGAUGCUGCAGCUACGCUACCGAUGGAGGACCCCGCGACCGUUGUCUUGCAGGAAAUGCUCAACGAUUGCGAGAACAAAGCGAGUGCAAAGGGACAGCUUGCAUUGUCCAAGCUCCACGCCCUCGUGAGUACGUUGAACGCGUCGCUCGGUCGGAAAUCGAACGACGACACAGUCCUUCAAUACGAACGGCUCGACUCUCAACUGCGCACGGUCAUCAACACAUUCUACACGUCGUAUGCCCUGAGCCCGUCGCCAGCCAACGCCUCGUCCCUGGCCGUGUUGGUGGAGUACGUCGACGCAGAGUUCAAGCAACGCGCGAGUUUGCGCGUGGACUCGCUAGGGAAACUCAAAGCGGCGGCACCUGUCAACGGCCACGGGUACAUCGAUCGGUCCGUGCACUUGGAGGCGCUCAAUGGCUUGGUCCAUGAUGUAUCGUUUGUCGUGAGCCUCGUGGAGGAAGCCAACGUGUCCGACUUGGCGAUCGUGUUUGCGCCGAUCCACGCGGCCUUUGUACGUGGGGUGCUGGACAUUCUGGCGCUGUACGCGGCGGACGCGCGGCUCGCGGCAUGGGAGAAGAAGGUGUCCUUGCGCAGUACCAGUCCCUCGAACGACCUAGACGACGUCGAAGCCGACGAGAGUUUGCAAAUGGUCGACCUCUUGCUCGAAGAAUUGGCGUGCAUCUUGCAGCUGUGCUUGCAUUAUUCCGCGUAUGCUGCGUCCUUUUUAGUAGACCAGCGCGGCGGGAGUGGGGACGGUGGCCUGUCUCAAAAGGUGCACGAGCUGAAUGGGGUGUACUUGCUGCUCGAACGCUUUUACAUCUUUCAAACGAUGCACAAAGCCGUGAUGAUUGCCGAACCGCAGCAAAUCGAGCCAAAUGUCUAUGCUAUUAGCACGGUCGAAGACGCGUCGUUUGUCCUGGACAAAGCCUUCACACGGGCCACGCAAAGCAAGAACUACCAUACGGUACUGUCGGUCGUGAUUGCAAUCGUGGAAUCGCUUGAACGGACAUACAUGCCGUCAAUCUUGGACUUGCCGCGCCGGAGCUUCGACAUGCCAUUGCCCGUGACAUCCCCCACGCAUCAUGCCAAUGACUCGUCCGCGGAGCUAUCGACGGACGACUUGAGCUUUUCCGACGCAUUGCUGCAAGCCGUGGACGCCGACUUAACCCACCAGUUGCAAGUCGACGCCAAGAUGAUGAUGGCUGUCGUGUCGGCUUAUAUGAGCUGGGAGUAUGUGGGGAAAAUCCACGUUCGGAUCACAGAGACCCAGGCGUCGCACUUCGCGGCGCUGCCGUCCCUGCUAGAGUGCCUGCCGAAACCCCUGAGCGAACUGCAGCUCGAAUUCCACCAAGUGUUCACCUCGGGCCUCCACGCGCUAUACGCCCGCGACUUGCAGCCCAAGAUGGACAUGCGGUUCCACCAGUCUGUGCUGCAGUGGCAGUACGAACUGUCGCUCCAAGCGUAUGACUACUUGGAAGUACAUGGGUCGCCACUGGUCGCCCUCGUGCAAUCGAUGCUCAAGGACAAAACAUUGCGGCGAUUUCGACGGGGCCUCAGUCCCCCCACGUUUGAAUUGAUGUGGCGCCAAGUGGUUCGGGACAUGUGCGACUGGAUCGAGCGCGGCGUGACCCAGAAAACGUUCAACGACGUCGGGGCCAUGCAGUUGGAAAAGGAAGUGCGCCACCUGUCGGUGCUCUGUGGCCACUUUCCAGCGGCGAGCGACGUCAGUUUGCGCGCAGAGUUUACGCGCCUCGACCAGAUUGUGCUGUUGGUGAACUUGGCAAAGGCAUCGGACGUGUUGGAGUACGACAGCAUCCGAGAUCACAUGCCCCGCAAUGAAAUCGAGGCGCGACUUGCGCUGCGCUUCCGCUCCGACAGCAUCCAGCGGGUCAUGCAUCAGUUAAAACUAACCUAACCAAACGCCCCAGUGGGCAAAUUCAUCA